AUGAUAAAUUCUAGAGAUAAAAACCCAUCUACUCGAUUCAAAAACAGACAAAGAUCAACAGAUACUUAUUUAAAUUCUCAAAUCCUAAAAUUGCAAAGUCAGCCCUAAUUUUAAUGUAUAACAAACACCACAUUAUAAAUUUAGAGUUAUUACAGAAGGCCUAUUCAAUGCACUUCCAAACUUAGCCUCAAGAGCUUCCCAAAUCAAAGAUUAAACAAUUGGUAUAUUAAGUGAUUUAAGUAUACCAUACAAUUAUAAUAUUUAGAAACAACCGAAAACAGUCCUACAGGAAUCUGGACAUAAUAUUUCCAACCUUGCCUUAAAUGUCAAUACUAAAAAUUCAAAUACAAUCAUAAAAAACCAUUCCAAAAAGCAACAUUCUUUUAGUCAUUAUAACAGUAAUUAAAAUUGUUAUUCUUUUUAGAUGACAGUAAUAAUUUAAAGGAGAACUAGAAUAUUAUGUAUAAUAUGAAUCAUUUAUCAAACAUUUCCUUUAAGGAUUGUCUCAACAGACAAGGUAAUUUAAAUUUAUUUAAAUUAAGCAAAAUACAUUAAAUAACGUACUGAAAAUUCUUAAAAGAUUGUUGAAGGAAAAAAAAUGAUCAGACAAGGUUAAAUAUAAGAAGUUCCAAAUAAAUUUGAGAAUGUUAUACAGGGUAACGAUGAUCCUGAAAUAAGAUUUUAAAUUGCUAUAUAAUAUUUUGACUAAUAAGAAUUUUCUUAAGUUAUAUUGAAUCUGAAUCAUUUAAUUUAAGAACAUCCACUUUUCAAUAAAAAGGCGUACAUUAUCCUUUCAAUUGCAUUGAAAAAGUAAGAUCAAAUUAAAGAAUCUUUGAAUGUGGUAAUGUUUUCUAUUAUUUCCUAAAGAUUACUAUUUGUAUAAAGCAUUAUGCAAAAUACUUUGAUGCUUAUAUUAUUCGAGCUAAAUUGUACGUGAAAGUUCAAAAAUUUGAUAAGGCUUUGGAAGACUUUAUGACGGCUGCUGAAUUAAAACCAAAUAAGGCAAUAGGCUUUAUUGGAAAGGGUGAUUGUUUUCGACUUAUGAAUGAUGUACAUAUGAGCCUAUUAGCAUAUUCAUAAGCAAUUUAAUUGGAGGAUUAAUUCAAAAGAUCCGCUUUAAUCAAACGAACUAUGCUACAUUUAGAUUAAAAGGAUUAUGCUUCAGCUUUGGCAGAUAUCAGUAAAGCUAUAGAAAUUGAUAACUAAGAUUCAGAUGCUUUGUAUCUAAAAGGCUUUAUAUGUACAAAGAGAAGUAAAUUAUUGAAAGCUAGUUAGAUGAAAUUUAAGAAGCUACAUUAGCCUAUGAAUAAGCAAUCAAAUAUAAUAAUUCUAAAAAAGCUGUUUCCAAGUCGAUCUAUGAAUAAGCCAAAAUAUUAAUUUAAUAGAAGGACUUUUAUGAGGCUUAAUAUCAAUUGAGAAGAGCUGAACACUUAGAUGUUGAUAAAAUCGUUAUUGAAAAUAUCAAAUAGUUUACUGAAGGUGUUAUUCUUUUGAUGAAAAAAUAGUAUGAGGAAGGAGUAAAUCUAUUAACAGAAUUAUUAUCAAAUCACUAAGAAGAAGAUUUCUUGAGGAGUUUAAUAAUUUCAUACAGAUCAUACGGUUAUUUCUGUUUAUCUUAGUAUUAGAAGGCAUUAUAAGAUCUUGAUUCAUUAGAUUACCUUGAGAAACCUUCAAUUUACAAUAAGUUUAUACUUGAAGGGAUAAUGGCGACGGUUUCAAAUUAAUUUGAAUUAUCAUUAGGGUAUUUUGUGAAGGCGUCAAAAUUAAUGCCAAAAAAAAUGGAACCCUACUUUUAUAGAGCUGUAGCCUUAGUCAAAUUUUAUUGUUAACUUAUUCCAAAGGAUGAUGAAGUGAAAAAGAACAAAUUUUUGAAUGAUGCUAUUAGAUUGUUGAAUUUGGCACUAAAAAUAAAUGAAAAUUCUAAUAUACUAUAUUGUAGAGGAAUAAUACUGUUUUCUUUAAAUAGAUUAGAGGAUUCUUUGAGUGAUUUAAACAAAGCAAUUGAUAAAUCAGAUGAAAAUGUGGCUAAAUAUUUUUAUGUGCGUGGAUUAAUUUAAGUUUGCAGGUAACAAUACAAAUAAGGAUUAAAUGAUUUAAGUAUUGCCAUCAAUUUAGAUGAGUCCUAUUCAGAUGCCUAUUUAUGUAGAGCCAAGGUGUUUUUAAUACUCAAAGAUACGAAUCGUGCUUAUUAUGAUCUCUAGAAAUUCUAAGAAUCUUGCUUAAGUGUAUAGGAUUAAAUUAUGAUCGGAAACCUAUUCUAUUAAAUGGGAGAAUUCGAAGAAGCAAUCUCAUCAUAUUCGAAUAUCAUCAAUUCUGAAAAAUGCUCAUAAGCCUUAUAUCAUAGAGCUAAAACAUUUGUUACUAUAAAAGAAUUAAAUAAUGCCAUAUAGGACUUACAAAAAUUAGUUGAAUGUUCUACUGAUAUUGCUGCCUUUGUUGACUUGAAUAUCUUGUAGCAAUUAAAAUUAACUUCAAUAGGAAAUUGCAGUUAAAAUUAAUUGCAAAAUAGUGUAGAUUGUCUAAAUUCAUUCUUAAAUAAUGGAAAUGAAGGCAAGAUCUUCAACACAUGCGAUCUUAAAUUCUAUAGAUGUUUGUUUCAAUUUUAUUUAAAAUAAUUUGAUGCUGCAUUAAUUUCUCUACUUGAAUCUUAUGAAACACUUCAAGGAACGAAUGCUAGUUUACUCAAAGAGGAAACGCUUAUCAAUAGAGCCUACAAUAAAUUAGAAUUCUUAUUUAAUUAAUCUAUCCUGUAAUUACUAUAAGGAUAAAACGGGUAGGCUAUUGAGAAUCUGAAAAAAUUAAAAGAUAAAAUAUAAUAGUAAGAAUAAAAGAAUCUACUUUAAUUAUUUUUGGACUUAUUAAUAGAUGAUUAAAGUGAACAAACUGAAUUAAAAAAAGAGCUGUGUUAAUUGACAGAUCUUAUUAUUUUACCAUAGAACAAUAGAUUGUGUAUGAUAUAUCCAAUGGUGAAAAUCCCUUUAAAAAAAUAUAAGUAACAUCUGUAAACAAGGUUAUCAUUUUGCUUGCCCUAAGUGGAAAUCCCAGAAAUGCUUCCUUAAUUUGAUCUUAAAUUAAUGGAAACUCUAAGUGUAUAUUAUUAAUAAUUACGAUUAGCCAAUAGUUGUGGAAAAUAAACCAGAAGCUCCGUGGAUAUAAAGGGCGGACGAUGGAGUAAUCUUUACUUAAAAUCUAUAAAAUGCAGAUGAUUUAGAUUUAAAAUCUACUGCAAGAUAAUCAAAUGAGGAUUCAGAAUUUUAGUUAUUUCGACAUUAAUUAAAUAAUAAAUUAGAAAAAGAGGAUUUUAUUUUGUUUGGCCAAGAUGUUAUAUAGCAAGAAGAGGAGACUAAUACUUCAAAAAAGAAUUGA